AUGGAAGAGACACAGACAAUCUCCAAGGACAAAAAAGACACUUCAGACAGGAUGAUUCGCUUAAUAUGCAGUACACAACAAGAAGUACAGAUUCCAUACAGCAUUUUAUGCGAAAGUAACCUCUUAAGGGCCCUGGUUGAUGACAAAGCAUUCAUUGAGUCAAAAAAUAAUUCAAUUUUACUUCCCGUCACGUACAGUAGCCUAAAGAGAAUCAUAGAGUACUUAUAUUAUAAGCAAAAUUAUACGAUAAAUAGAAUGGAAAUAGAUGACUUCAAGAUAGAAGACAAUGAGACAUUAGAUUUAUUAGAAGUAUCUGCCUUCCUUAGAUUAUAA